UUGCGUCGGCUGGCUCAGUAGUCGGCGAGCCGUGCUGAACGUCGGACUGAGCCGGACUGUGCGUCGAGUCAAACCACUUGUCGGCCCUGACUGAACAGGCAACCGCACAACAACCGAAUCAGAUCAGAAAAAGGUUUUCUAUCAACGUAUUAUAGAAACUCUGCAGGAUCGUUCGAUGAGUGAUUGAAAUUCCUGCAAUCUUUCUUACAGAUCAUCUAAUGUGAUUAAUAAAAAUUACUGGAGAUUUUUAAUUGAGAGAUCUGUAGUAUCGAGAAAAAUCUAAACGUUUGGAAGCUGUGAGUGGUUCAUUAGAAGGAGUGUUUCGAUAGGUGAUUUGUUUAUAGUGCAAAGUUAAAUAAAUGCGAUUGCAGUUAGAUGCAAUCGGUGGUAACUGGGAUUAAAAUUGGGUACUCCUGGAUGUUGAUUGAAAAAAUAGUGUUUGAUGGUACAUUGAACGGAGGGGAGUGAUUAGGUACGUUUUCGAGGAACUGUACAGGGAAACUACGAGGGCGCAGGGGACAGGUAAUUUCGCGCGUUAUACCCGCUACGUUUCCAUUAUUCAGUGCAUUAUCCGAGACAAUCUCGUCUCCUACGAAGCGCUUAUAGCUUAUCUGCCUUGCUAACGAAUUAUCACGCCGCGGAUGUGACGUAUUAAAUUGUCGCGACGACGCGGGAAUAGAUAUGCAAGGAAGGACUAAAUUGAAAUAGAAUUUGUAAGCGAACUCAUAAAUUGACGCGCGCGCGUGAUAAAACUGCGACGAUUUUCACGGGGAGUUGGCGUUCGAUAAACUGCGCGUCAAAGAUCGGUGCACGGUUUCUGCUCGACUUCAUUGCCCAUAAAACUCGCGUGUAAACCGUGCGAGAAAAACGCGCGUGCAAAGCGGCAGCUGUAUCGAUAACCCCGACUCUCGUGACGCCGCGCCGCGUCGUUGUUUCACUCGUAGCUCCGUACCGUAACAGCGCGGUCGUUCUCGCGCGAGGAAUGGACGAAAUUUAAAACGGAACACCCAGGCUUAUAGGAUCAGUAUCCGAGCAGAUGUACGGAUUUGCGAGUUUAAUUUGAAUAAUCUAUUAAGUCGAGCGCAAACAGGAACAAGCAUUGUUUCCCUAACACGUGACUGCGAAUUAAUUCGCGAUUAAUUAAGCUCGGCUCAGGUUUCCCACUCUUGGAAUUCGCUAGAUUACCCUAAACAUCCGGAAGUUGUCGAGAUCUGCAGAAUUUGCCCGGCAGAACGCGGAUGAAAAUUAAGCAGCGGGCCACUAGCCAUCCAAGUAGCGAAUUGCCACGAAAUUUCAACUGUCUGUUGCUACGUUCCGAUCCCAGUUGUUAAUUUCUCACAGAGCACGGCGAAUAUUUGCAGUAAACAAGCACGUGAACGUUAUCACAAACUCGUUUAAUGGCCGUGCGACAUUAUUCGAUCCACUUACGUAUCGUUUCGGUCAACUGUAGUAAAGAAAAAAUAACAGCGUAAUCUCAUUGAAUGGUAAAAUUCUAUGAAGAAUUUCCACGUGCCAGGAAUUAAUCCGAUAAUCAACUUCCGAUGUCUCCGUAUUUUACGAAUUUCGAUAGAUUUUUGUGAUGGAAUUCGGUCGCUAUCAUACUUCCAAAUUAAUGGACGCGUUUACAACGAUGGAACAAACCCGCAAUUUGACAUGGGCAGGCGAGCGAGCAUCGUGCCAAGAUAAACAAUUAGUGUUCUAAGUGAUCAAAGUCGAAAACCUGCUCUGUCUAUCAAACGCUAAUAUUACACUAAAUGAGGUUCGAAGCAAAUUUACGUUAAGCGAGAAUAAGAAACACCUAUAUUUAACUUGAAUAACAUAUGCCUUCAUCAGAAAUGAAGAUCUUCUUUUGUAAGCAUUCUUCACACACAUUAGCAAAACACACUGCUGAAAUUAAUUGUUAAAUGAUCGACUAAUUGAAAACAAGGAGAGCUCGCCACGUUGUUUAUUUCUAAUUCCAUUCUAAUGGAAUCUUUUUUCCAUUCUAAUGGAAGUUGACAUAAAAACCGUAUUUGUACAUCUAGUCCGUCAUCCGAAGUACUUGCAGCGUUCGUUACGAUAAAAAGCGGCGGUUCGUUAAACAGACGCGGUAUUUUCUUUCAACUUCCCUCGAAUCAAAAGUAACAAAUGGAGGAAAGCGAGGCCGAGCUAAAGAGAGAGUGCGCACAAUUUAACGAGCCGAUAAUCGAUUGUUUUACAACACGUUGCUGAGUCGCAAACAUUAAAAGCUUAUAUAACGCGAUCGUGAGGAUCGUCGAAAAAUCUAUUAUACGCCAUCGGCCCUGUAAUUGUAGAUUAAUUACUCGACUUGAGCCAGUUUCUGAGAGACAUCAACGGAUAAUUAACGGACAUCGGCUACCAGGCCGUGUUUACCUGACAAUCGGUUAAUCAAAGUAGGCUUUAUAUCCGAUUACUGCCGCCACACGUGGUGUUGCGCGUUCUUACGCAAAGACCAAUGUAAUAACAGGCAUAACCCAUCCGAAUGCAUCGUUUGCGUAAUCAUCAUCUGGCUACUCGUUACAUGUCGCUUUCGAAUCUAUAAAUUCGUACGGACCGUUGAUGAGACAGCAACGUUUUAAUCGGGAAUUACCAGUGUCGACGACAGUAUUAUAAAUAUAGCAUACGAAACCAUUAAAAACAAAAGUAAAAAUAUGAGAGCAGAGAAUAUUCGUAUUAUACGUAAAUUAAUAAAUGGAUCUUGUGUGUUAUUCUUCAUCGGAAUUAAAAGGAUUUACCGGAUUUUCCUCGAAGGAUAUCUUUAAAAAGUCGACGACAAUUUUAUUGAAAAAGAUAAUGUAAUUUUUACGCGAUCGCGAGUGCCUACGCGUGUCUCUUCUACGCCCACGUGAUUCUUCUUUCCUCAGACAAUUUCUAACACUCGAAGAAAGUAACAUGUUCUCGGUGUAGUGAAACAAACUAAAUCUCUGAAAAUAUCCUAACAUCACGCACUAACACUUAGUAACAACGAAAAUAGAUAGUUCAUAAUGGAUAUAUAGUUCCUUGUCUUCGAGCUAAUUCCUUCAGUCUGAUUGAUGGAUCCUGUAACGACCGAGGCUCCUCUCGCGUUCUGUCAUUCCAUCAUCUCGCGCGUUCAUUAACUAACAAGAAUUCUCGAGGCUUCGUACGCGGUAAAAAAAAAACGGCUCCAGAACGUUUGACAGUUUUUUAGAGGAAUUCAUGAGUUUUGUAAAAAAAGUAGGUUAAGCCUCAAAGAACUCGGUAUCCAUUGACUCGGUCCUUUCGAGCUUCACAAUGUAAUCUUAUUUAUCGUAUUGGUGCUUCAAAAAUGUUCGCUCUGGAAUAUUUAAGUAUUUGCGGUUCACUUAUAUUCAGUCUCUACUGAAUUUUAUUUAAAAAAGAAAGAUAAUUUCUAGCAUUGAACCGUCCAUUCUUUGUGAUUCAAAACCAUAUUCUCUACCAAUUUUCCGACCGGUUAAUGCAGUUACCUUUGUACUUUUCAGAAUAUUUAAGAAUUUGCGAUCCGAAUUUUAUUUUUAAAAAAAGGAUACGAAUUUUCCUCUCCACGAAAAAUCUUUUAUUAUUCUAUCCUGCACCCUUUGUAGUUUUAAACUAUUUUUUUUCGCCGAUUAAUUCUAUUAGAUACCGAAACGAGGCUCGUGGGAAAAACAGAGGUUGGCGAACAAAUGACAGGUGGUGAUUUAAUUGGUUGAAAUUGUGACCGUCGAUUUCCGCGGGCACCCAUAUUGCCGUUACUUCCCAUAGAGGAUUCAAAAUAAUCGCCGCUCUGACUCUACGGUUUGUUUCACGUCGCCCGGUUUUGUAUCUUCAAAUUUUUUCCAGUUGCAGCUCGGGUAUUAUCGUUAGAAUUAAUCCGAUGCACCGACCAUAUUUUUUUGGCUAUUCUAUCCUUUCUUUGUUCGUACAAAAGCAUGUGUUGGCUUCUUUGUUAUAAGAAUACGUUCCUAGUUUCUUAUAAUUGAAAAAACCGAAAAUUCUAGUGAAAGAUCAAAGGGAAUACCGUAAUAACAGAAAUUGUAGAAGAUUGAAAUAAUUGUAAAGCAUAAUGCAUGGAAAACGUCGAAUCACUUGUAUUAUUUUUUACACUGUCGUCGGAGGUAAAAAUUUGCAUUUCCGACUUGGCUGAAGCUGGAGAAGUUGGAACUCGAUUGCGAAUGCAGUAGAAAAACACAACGCUUCAAUAAAAGUUUUCUGCUGAGGAAGAAUGAUCCACAGUGUCAUCUCGUAUAAAACUUAAAGGCCAUCUUUUUCGAAUUUCAUUGUCAAGAACUUUCUGAGUUAUCCUUAUGUUGAACAUUGAACUCACAUAGCUUAAAGUAUUUGAGAAUCGACACAGAACAACGAUAGCGAAAAAGUGACAGAAGGAUAAUCGAAUGUCUAGACGGGAAAAAAGAAAUUUCGAGGGCAAUGGAAUACUCGACCGAAGGUACAUUCAAUUUCACGCUUCUGCUGAGAUUUGUCGAAGCGUGAAGAAAUUCGUAAUGGAUUACUCGACGUGAUUCUCCGCGGACUCCAGAUAAUGCAGGAUUUAAAAUGUUCUCUCUGGACUCAGCGGAGAUGUUCCAUGCAAAUCGAGAGCAACGAACGAACGACUGUCUUCAAAGCGAUAGACUGACGCGGUAACCGACCUUUUUUUCAUAUUUUUUCGACGCAUGUUUCAGAAAAUAAAAACGGUGCUUAAAUCUCGUCCACGUUUAAACACAUAUUAAACUUCCAGCUUUAUAAAUUAUUAAUACGAGCUUGCAGAAGAUCCCUGAACGCGCAGCGUUCAGGAGGAGUUUGAAAGUUUGUUAGUCGAACCAUUGAUAGCCGAAGUAAACUGUUUUUGGUCCUAUCUAAUCUCCUCGGAAAUUGCUCCAACUUAUAAUACCGGUAAAACGGUACACAUAAUUAAAAAUUUAUCAAUUUAAUUGACAAGUAUAACAAAAUUCUGUAUAACUUUUCAAAUUACAAGUUCUCUUUUCUCAAUCAUUAAUUAUGUAAAUUCGCCAACGAGAAUUGAUACUUUUCAAUUUCUGAAACGUAAGACGAUGUCUACGGGUCUCAUGAAGCUAACUACAAAUUUACCGCCUGAGAUCCUUUAAAUGAGAACUCUACUGUCUUUAAUCAUCUUUCGAAUGUCCAUUUAACCAUCCGCGUACCUAUGUAGCGGAAUAACCAAGGGACUCUCGUUCCGCGGUGCUCCACGCCCGCCUUUGAUCCUCCAGAAUAAAGGAUAACGAUGACGUAAACCGGAGAAUGUCCCUGAAGAGCUCUCGACCGGCAAGCCGCCUUUUUUGAAAGCCCUUUGAGUCAGGAAAAUCUGGUAAUCCAUCGGAAUCUAAUCGUUCUGUCCAUGGAAGAAACGAAACGCUCCGUACUCGUCUUAUCAUUAUGAAGAGUAGCUUUAUUAAAUUAAUUAUAAAUGUCAGGAACUCAUUCAUCGGGCAGAACAAUAUUUCGAGUUACACAUUGGGGCGCAACGAGCAUUAAUUUCGUUCAGAACUGAUGACGAAGAGCUGCCGGAAGGGCGAGAUACAUGAUAUAGAAUAGCCAUCAUGGGGUCGAACCCUACCUUCCGUUCGUAUAAAGGCACGAGGGAACUUCAGAAAGAAAUUAAGCACCACAAAUGGUCCCUAAAUUUUUUCCAACUUCCUUGGUAAAAAUUGAUGACACGUAAUUUAUCGAGUUCAUGAAUUUCAAACGCGACGGGACAGGCCGCAUUUGCGAAGAACGUUAGGGUCCAAAAUUAUCCUCUAAGGGCAAGUUCGAUUCGCACUUGCAAGUUUUCUAAAGCGUUCUCCUGUGGAUUAAGCGAUAUCAGAUUUUCCGAGGCGAAGUCGCUAGGGAUUUUUUAUCGAGUGCAAAAGCCUAUUAGUUCACGUUCAAGUUACAACUCCUUGAUAAUGAUUGAAGGAAGUUUCCUUGAACGAAAUUUGCUCUCUAUGAUACUGGUAUCUCUCUUUUUUACCCCGAGGCUCUCCCCUUUAACGAAGGCAUAUUUACCCUUCUCAGAUUACCCCGGAAUCAAUCGGGUAGUUCAAACAAUCGAUUCGUUCCGAGACACGCGGCGGUUCUUAGUUUAUCCUCGACUCCGGACUACCAAGGUAGUUGCCUCCUGUUCGGUGCAAUCUGCUGAAUAAUCGAGAAACAAUCGGCCCGCGAUGCGAGAAAACGGAUUAUCGGUGAACGCGGGUGACCAAGUGCACGGUUGACGUUUUUGUUCAAGUGCGGUUCAGUUUUGUGCGUGCUUCUCUACUGUUUGCUGGGUCUUUGCGGCCAGGAAGAUAAGGAGAUGGCCGAGACCGAGAGACACGUGGAACCGGAAAUCACCGAGCCUCCCACAUCGGAUUCCGUCGAGCACAGGGUUUCUCUCUAUCCUAUUACGACGGAAAACAAAAGAACGGACGGAGAGACUAAAGAUACUCGUGCGCCUGAUAACCAGAGACUGCAAUCGUCGCCGCAUCUGCAAGCCACUAACACGCAAACGGACAGAGUACAUAGGAAGUCCCUGCCGAACAACAAGCUCACCCUGUAUCUGGCUAACAGAGAUCUGGCCGUGAGCGAAUCAAAAAUCGACAAAUUACAAGGCGUGCUGCUGGUCGACCCGGAGUUUCUGCAGGAGAAAAGGGUAUACGGACAAAUUACAUUGACUUUUCGCUACGGAAGGGAGGACGAGGAGGUAAUGGGACUGAAAUUCUGCAACGAGGCGGUUAUGUGUCUCGCGCAGCUAUAUCCGCCAGUCGGUGGAGCCGAUCAACAGGAAACGACGCCGUUGCAGGAUGCAUUGAUAAAGAGGCUAGGUCCCCACGCUUAUCCGUUCACCAUGGAAAUCACGCCGUUAGCACCCCCAUCGGUGCAGUUGGUGCCCGCGAAGGAAUACAAUGGUGCGCCCAUCGGCACCAGCUACGACGUGAGGGUAUACGCCGCUGACCGAGCAGAUGAGAAACUGCAACGGAAAACGACAAUCAGAAUGGGCAUCAGGGUGAUCCAACGGGCUGCGAAACCGGUACUGCCAGUAACAAGCGUGUACAGCGUGCCAGUGUCAGCCAGUCCAUCCUUCGGUACCAAAAAUCAAGUUUUCAACAGGAUAUCGUUUGUCGAAAUCACGGAUGACGGAGAGAACACGGGUCCACACGCCACAGUGGAGAAGCCGUUUCUAUUGAGCGACGGUCGUGUCAGCCUGGAAGCCAAGCUGGAUCGCGCGGUCUACGCCCACGAAGAUUCGAUCACCGUGAACGUUAAAGUGAAUAACAACAGCAGCAAAACCGUUAGAAGGAUCAAGGUUUUCAUUGUGCAACACGUGGACGUAUGCAUGUUCAGCAACGGGAAAUUUAAGAAUGUGGUGGCUCUACUAUCCUCGCAGGAGGGCUGCCCGCUGGGACCUGGUGCAUCGUUAGAGAAAAACUAUACUCUCACACCUAUCAAAGGCUCGACUAAGAAUUGGAUCGCCCUAGAAGAUAGUUAUUCAAAGGAGGGAGCUGCCUUGGCCUCCACCAUUACUUGCCCUGGAAACGGUCCAGAGGACAGAAACGUUUUCGCGAUUUACGUUUCCUAUUACGUAAAGAUAAAACUUCUACUUUCUGCGAUGGGUGGCGAAGUCUCCCUCAAGUUACCCUUCACUCUAAUGUACAACCAUUCGGAUUCGGACUUAGGCUUCCCGUCCCCGGUGAGAGAGAAAGUUUUGAAAAGGAAUGAAGACGCGGACAAAGAACAAGAAGAUAACAACGGACACAAAUAUAAAGGAAGCAAGUUGGAACCGAUCAAGGAGAAACUAAAGGAAUCCAAAGACAUCGAAGUAGAUCUUAUAGAACAUUACGAAGAGGGCGGUAGUACCUGAGAGCAGGUGCAAACGACAGAUGCACCAAGGAACAAUGAUGCGAAAGACGUAAAAACAGAGAACAAUAAAAAUUGUAAAUUGGGUUUUAGUAUACAAAGGGCUUGGUGCUGUUUCAGAAGAGACUCUUAGUAGUGACGGGAAAAAAAGGAACGUUUCGGGAAAUGGUGUUUUCUUUCUAUUCUCCGAAAAACAAUUGGGCUUAAACAUGUUCAGGAAUUGUGCAUAGUGAAUUUAUUAUUCAAUUUUAAUAUCCAUAUAUCUAUCUUCUUUCGGUAACACGCGUGCAGUUUAAUGUUUUAUUCUUGACAAAAAAGAAAUGCGCGAAAUAUAUAGAAUAAUAAUUUUCAAUCGAAAAUUCUAAUUUCGGUAGGAUCGAUUUGAAAACGAUUUUCAUCGAUUUGUGCAGUUCCUACUUGUGCUACUCCUUCGAAUGGAAAUUGUACUGCCUACAGAUUAUGUGUACACAUAUUCAACGACGUACUGUAAAAUUCAUCAUGUGUCAAUCGUGAGAAUCGAUCAGAAAAUUGAAAAUCUAUUUUUUUAGAUGAAACAUGUCUUGCAUCGUUGGACUUUAUUCUUAAUCAUAUCGACAUAAAUGUUCCAUGUAAUUAAACUACCACUAAAGAACUCAAUGUACCUUAAUAAAAUAAAUCGAUCCAGAGGCAUAUUUUAAGGAUAAAUCAAUGCCUAAAUUAUGUAUUUUAUUGUACAUGUGCACAACAUGAAAAACUAUGUAUUGUAAAGCUGUACAGUGUAUCUUUGGUAUUGUAAAUAGUAAAUUACUUGAAUAUGACUGUGUACUAUGA